AUGGAAGAACUAAAUGACAUUGUCACGAUUAAGUCGAUAACUUUAAAGUCAAAUGAAAGAUAUCUCUAUGAUACAAAUCUAUGUACAAACAAUAAAACAUCUCCCUUUCUAUAAAUUUCUGAAAAAAUUCAAAUAGGUUAUGUAUUCACUGAUUAGAAGGAGGCGGAAAGAUUCUUUAAACUCUAUGGCUUUGCAAAUUGUGAGUGUAGAGUGAGCCAUUUUACAAGUGAAUAAAAGGAUUAAUUGGGCUCUAAUACUGAUGAGAAAUUAUCACCAUUAAAGUAUACUCUUGCCAAAAAUGUAAUAGAGUAAUUAUUAAUAUUCUAUUAGUGCAAUGGAAAGAUGAAAGGACUUCAAAGCUAGGGAUCAAAGAAAAGAAAUUUUAACUUCAUUUCUGGCAGUAAUGCGUCAAAUCCCACGACUGCAGGUACUAAUAAACUUCAAAAUUCAUUGAACAAUACGUGUGGAGCAGCUAAACACAAGAAGUUUAAGUUGAACUCUGCAGGACUUAGUGGAGGCAUUGGCUUGACUAAGGCUUAAGUGAGAUAAAAUGAGUUAAUGAAGCUCAAUUUGGAUGAGUUGAAUGCUAUGAUGAAAGAGUAAAAGGUAUCUAGUGAAAAGAUAAUUAAAGAGAUUGAGUAAAAGAUCAAGGACAAGAGUGUGCUCAUUAAAGAUAAUAAGAAAUAUUAUGGAGAGAGGUGCUAGGAUUUACUCAAUGAAAUUCUAUGCAGAUAGCCUAAUGUAUAAGACACAGGAGAACGUAAUACAAUGAGUUUGAUUAUUAAAAAACUCGGAAUCGAUGCUGAUAGUAUCAAAUUCUGUUUCGAAGAUGAUGAUUUCAAGCCAUUUUGA